AUGGAAAGUAAUUUUAUGGGAGGAUCAUCAGACGAUCUUCAAACUCCUUUCGAGAAGCAUCAACAAAAUCUGAAAAGCGAAUCAGACAUGUACCGACACUUUGAACGCUACAAUUUGGAAUUGGUCAUCAAAGACAUCAAUGUCGAUUUUGUAGAUGAAGAAGAAAUUAAAUCGGAGCAAGCCUCCAUGAUUGUUUUCACUGCGGGUGUGAGUGUCAUUGCAAAACUCGUCUAUGAUUCGUACAAUUCGCACGAACAACUCGGAUAUGGAACUGCCAAGAGUGAUUCAAGAGGAAAAGCAAUUCUAGAGGCGAAACGGAAAGCCAUCGAGGAUGCCUCCAUCCGAUGCUCGAAAAUGUUUGGCGAUAUCCAUAGUGGACAUACUCAAUCGAAAAAACAGCAACAACUUCAGAAACAACAAUCAUCGACUGUGAACAAGCAAAGGUAA